AUGGACACAUCCAACAUGGGUAGCAUCAACCCCGCCAUGUUUGGUGGUCUCGACCUGAGCACCCUCCAAAAUAACCCGCAGUUGGCUGCAGCGCUGCUACAACAACAGCAGCAGCAGCAGCAAUCCUCGCAACCAAAUACUCCACAGCAGGCGCGCUUCAGUCCGGCCAUGUUCAAUCCUGCCAUGAUGGGCCUAGAUCAAAGCAACCAGGCCGGCGGCGGUAUCAAUAUGCAGGCGCUUCAACGUGCAGCUGCGGCGGGCGGUAACAAUCCAAUGGCGUCGUUCAACCCGCAGAUGCUUUUGCAACAGCAACAGCAGCAACAGCAGCAGCAGCAGCAGCAGCGACAAGGGACUCCGCAGCAACAACAAGGCGGUCAAGCGUCACGGUGGCCGCCACAGCAGCAGCAGCAGCAACCGCAACAACAAUUGCAACAGCAACAGAUGCAGCAGAAUCUCCUCGCGCAGCUUCAGAACAAUGCAGGCGCCAUGUUCAACAACAACAACGCCGCCAACUUUGGCCAGAUGGGCGCCAUGGGUCAACCGCAACAGCAACAGCAGCAACCACCACAGCAGCAAUUCGGUGCCGGUCAAUUCAACCCGGCUGCCUUUGGUCUCAAUCCUCAGACCAUGGCUAUGUUCCAGCAGAAUCCCAUGCAGGCCAUGCAAGCCAUGCAGGCUUUCGGUCAGCUAAACCCCGGUGCAUUUCCUCCCGGCGCCUUCAACCAGCUCAUGAUGCAACAGCUGCAGCAGCAGCAGCAGCAGCAGCAGAACCAAGGUCAGGCUGGCGGAUCGAACCAGCCAGGCCAAAAUCCUACCAUGUUUCAGCAGUCCCAGAACGGCAACAUGACAGGCAUGCUCGACCCUUCUGCACUGAUGGCGGGAUCCUCGAAUCAACAACAGCAGCAGCAGCAACCCGGCAUGUUUGGAGGUGGCGCUCCGAUCCCUGGCUCCUCGCCAGUGCGACCCAACUCGGCGCUCCAGCAGCAGCAGCAGCAGCCGCCCAACGGCAUUCCCUCAUAUCUGCAGUCCAACAACCAGAAUCAGAUGCAGGCCGGCCAGUCCUCACCUGCUACGCCGCAACAGCAACCUGGCAUUACUGCAAGUGCCGAUAACGGCGCCGCGCCGUCUACACCCACAACCGCCUCCAAGCCAAAAGCGCCACGCAAGAAAUCCGAAAAAAAGACCACGGCCAAGUCGCAGGCGGCUCAGAACCAGACGCCCGUUAUGCAGCACGCCAAUGCGCCCGGCACCACCAGCAUGCAGCCCUCUCCCAGCGCAUCGUCCAUCGCCGGCAUCCAGGGCGCCUCGCUUCCCGGUAGCGCCUUUGAACGCUCACGUAGCCAUACACGCUCGCCGAGUGUCUCGCUAGGUGGCCAGGGCACGCCAUCGCAGAUGCACACGUUGCCCCCAGGCAUGCAAGGUCUGCCGCAGCAACAGCAACCGCAUCAACCCCAACCGCUCCAGCCUCCACAGCAGCAACGGAUGGGCAUGCCGGGCCAGCCGGGCCAGCCAGGGCAAGCGCCGCAGCAGCAGGUGGUACCGCCAAACUGGACGCCGAGUCUCAACCCGCAACAGCAGCAGGCUGUGCUGUCAAGAGCGCUCGCGCUCGCAAAGGCGCAAGAGGGUUCCGGUCUGACACCGGUGCACACGCUCAUGCAGAUGGGCUACCUAUUCCUCAAGGCCUCGAGCUUGCCAGGUGGUUCGCAUCCGGCCAUGAUGCCCAAUGGCGGCAUGGUGCUGACCAUCAACGAGGCGCGUGGUCUCAACCUGAUCCCUCAGCAGGGUGCUCAGCCGGGUCCACCUGGAGUCAAUGCACAGGCUCAACAGCAGCAGCAGCAACAACAACCGCAGCAGCAGCAACGACAAUCGUCCUUCUCUGGUAUGCCGAAUCAGCAGCCACAGCAGCAGCAGCAGCCUGGAUUCGGCGCUCCUCCAUUGACGCCUCAGCAGCAGCAGCAGCAGCAGCAAAUGAUGCUCGCCAUGCAGCAGCAGCAGAUGCAACAGAUGCAACAACAGCAGAUGCAGCAGCAGCAGAUGCAACAGCCACAGACUCCACUAGCGGCACCGCAGCUGGGACAUGCUCACGGGCAGCGACCUGCCACGCCAGCAGGACAGCACGCCUCGCCCUCGAGCAUGCGUGCACCCUCGCCCAUGGGUCCAGCAGGUGCUGUGUCGAGCCCUGCUCUGGGCAACAAGCCUCGGCCACGUCAGCCGAGUCUCGCCCUCAGCGCCUCCGGUAGACCCGAUUCGCGCGGAGGAGCCGUUCCGCCGCCUCCUUUUCAGCCGGGGGGCCCACAAGGUCUCAUGGCACCGCCGCCUGCUCCCAGCCACAUGCCUCCCGGCAUGCCUCCUGGGAUGGCGCCCGGCAUGAUCGCUCCUGGCGUUCAAGGCGGUCCGCUUCCUCCCGGCUUUGGCGGUCCGGAAGCGACGCCACCGAUGCUCAAGCAGCAAGGCCGACGUCCGUCCAUGGUGCAAGAUCCCGCGCUUGCUGCCACGCCAGAACAGAGGCGGACCUCAUUGAUGGGCUUGCCUGGAGACGGUGUUGCAGCCACGACACCCGAUCCUACGAUGAUGGCCGCGGCGAGCGCAGCGGCUGGACAGCCGUCGGCUCAAGUUCAGCUCAUGGGCAGCUUCGGCAGCGCAACGCCAACGCCAAAGAGCCGCAAGGGCUCGCAGGCUGGACCGCCAGGGAUGCCCCUUGUCGCCGCCCAGCCUGGCGCCCACGGUCCCGGUGAGACGCCGCCGCAUCCCGACGCAGCACUCGACGCCACGGCGCUGACUGGCAAGCCUACCACCUUGGCCGGCGGAGCGCCCGCAUUUGCUCAGACGGUGCCCUCCAACUUGGCCAGCAUGCCCAUGCUGCUAGGCGGACCGGCACCGAAGGAGUCGGCGAUCGGCACGCCUGUCACGCACUUCAACACUCGCGUCACCAAGUUGGACGAUGCCAUGCGACCACAGCGUGCGGCCGACGACAAGGCCGAUGCAGCUCUAGACAAAGUGUGGACGCCGCUCACCGCCGAGCAGGAAGCCGAGCUGGUCGCGAUCAUGAAGCGAGAUCUCGACUACGAAAAGCUGUUCCGACAGCAGCAACAAGGCAUGGAGAUGUCGCUCAAGGACCGCAUCGACAGCGUCAGGCCUCCUCGCAGGAAAGCGUCCGAUGGCACCAUCACCAAGCCGAAGCCUCUGGCAUGGUGGGAGCGUCCCGAGGAGGAAGAUACAUCGGGACUAUCGCGCGACCUGUUCCGGCCUUUUGGCGUGCUCUUCCCCAACCAAAAACGUGCCGAGCUCGAUCAAGGUCAGCGCGGUGCUCGACCCCACAUCCCGCUCAAAAGGUCCCUCAUGGAGCUCGUCUCGCAGCAAGGCGAGGAUCUGGUCCCCAUCCGACUCGAGAUCGAUCACGAGCACUGGAAGCUGCGCGACACCUUCACAUGGAACGCCCAGGACUCGCACAUCAACGUCGAGGCGUUUGCGCAGUCGAUCUGCGAGGACAUCGGGCUGCCCGCCACCGUCUUUGUGCCGCAGAUCAAGGAGCAGAUCACCACGCAGAUUCUGGAUCACCAGACCACCAGCGCGUUCAGAGCCAAGCCGACCUUCGAUUUCGGCAUCGAUACCAAGGAGGGCAAAGGCUCGCUCGAGGACGGCGACGUCCGCUGGUGGUCCAAGUGGCGGCGCAAGGUCCUCAGGACCACGCCGGAGCAGGGCGCCAACGGUGAGGACGCUGCCAUGCACGUGGACGACAGCAGCGAAGACGACGAAGCACGAUCGGAACCGCCCGAGAUCCUCGACACGACACCCGUCGAGGAGCUGCGCAUGAUGAUCAAGCUCGACAUCACCGUAGGCGCCAUGAACCUCGUCGACCAGUUCGAGUGGGACGCCAGCGAGUCGGAUCCUGCUGCUGCUGAAAAGUUUGCCGACGCCUUCGCCGCUGAUCUCGGCCUCUCGGGCGAGUUCAAGACGGCCAUCGCACAUUCCAUCCGCGAGCAGGUCUCCGUUCACGUGAAAUCGCUCGCCAUGACCGGUCACACGUUCGACGGCCGUCCGAUCGCCGACGAGGAGCUGCGCGCCGCGUUCCUCGGCCCCGUCAGCAAGAUGAACCUGUCGAGGGGCGAGAUCGAGUCGUACCACUUUACACCGCGUCUGCUACAGCUCACCGAGGCCGAGAUCGAGCGUCUGGAUCGCGAGCGCGAACGCGAGGCGCGUCGAAAGCGUCGACAGACGCGUGGCCGUCGCGGCAUCAACCUGCCGGACCGCGACCCUCAAAAGACCCAGCGCACGCCGGCGGUGUAUGGCAUUCAAACGGCGCAGACCGGGGCGGAUGUUGCGCUGCAGCAUGCCAACGGUCUCAGCGACCGCUACGGCGGAAUGUCGACGCGUCGUGCAGCCGCCGCUGCCGCCAACGCUUCGAUCGCUCCAUCGCAGGCUGUCGACAUCGGCACACCGACGCCGGGCCCGGACGGUCUUGGCUUGCCCGAUCGAAAGAAGCCCAAGGUCAACCACCACGCCAUCCACUUCGACUUUCCCGGUGGUCUGGGCCGCAUCUCGGACCCUGGUGGACCCACGUUCGCGCCCGAGUACCUGGAAGAGGAAGCCAAGAAGCGUGCGCGGUCGCCCGAGAACCAGGCGACGGGCUCGCAGGCGGAGAAGCCGGCUCCGAAGCUGGUCUCGCUGUCGUACGCGCAGCGCAACAAUGUGCGUCCGGAGGAUCUGGAGCGACAGCAUCCUAACUUCCACGACGGCAUGUGGCACUGCUCCAACUGCGGCAUCCCCGGAACGCUGGCGCCUGGACGACGAAAGGGUCCGUUGGGCGACAAGUCGCUGUGCGGACCGUGCGGCAAGUACUACCACCGUCAUCGCAAGGUCAUCUUCUUGGAGUACACGCGCGACCCGGUCGUGCACAUGAAGCAACAGCAGGCGACCAACCGCAAGAUGGGGAUCUCGAAUCCGCUCAUCGAUACGGCGCUGCUCAAUGCGUUGGGCGACCAGGAGGAUUCGACCGAGCCUACGAGCGCCGCCGAUACGCCCAAGCCGGACGAGGCAGCGGGCGGCGCCGACGGCGGCGCGGAUGAAAACGGGGUGCGACGCAAGGGCCGACCGCCGACAUCGCUGCGUGCAGCGAGCCGCGGCGAUGGCGACGACGACGACGACGAUCGCUCGGACGAGGAGGAUCUGCCGUUCGAGAUGGUGGGCAGUCCCGAUGACAGCGACUCGUCUUCGAGGUCCAGCAGUCCCGAGCCGGCGUCUAGGUCGCGCACUACGGCGUCGCAGUCGGUAGCCAACGACGAGAACUUGCAGCUUGGGCGACGUGCAGCGGCGGACAGCGCACGUGACAAGGUGACGGCGUCGUUGGCGGCGGCUGAAGCAGCGAUCGAGACGGAUGCGGCGGCGGCAGCGGCAGCUGUACAAGACGAUCUCGCAGCCACGAAGAAGGAACCUGGCGAUGCGGUAGGCGUUGGCUCUUCCGCGAUCAACAGCAACAGUGCUCCGGCGACGAGCACGGGUGUGGUCGACUCACCCUCGGCAGCCUCGGUCGCGGUGGGAACGCCGACGCUAUCCAACGCCUCGCCUCGCAUGGCAGCGAUCCCUGGUGCCACGCCUCCGGAGUGGCUCUCGCAAUCCGCGAGCGUCCUGAAAGCUCGCUAUCCGAACGACCGGUUCGAGAUCCAGCAACGUCCGCGUCCUGCGGGUGUACCGCCACCGCCGCAACCGGAGUGGCGUGUGCGGUGCCUCGACUGCCCAGGCAAGCUGUACACGCCGGGACCGGGCGAGAGCCUCAACAACUUUGAGAUCCAUCUGCGCAACCGUCUGCACCGCGCCAAUGUCAACAAGCGCGUGUAUGGCAACAGCGGGCCUCCCGCGGCCGGGGGUGGCGCCGGUUCGCCCGGAGCAGCGGGUGCGGCGGGCGAGCCCAAGAGCGAGACGAGUGCUGCGCUCUGA